AUGGGAAGGGAAAGGUUGCGAAUCAUCGGAGGCGUGCAGUCCAGUUUCUCGCAGAUUCCGUGGGAAGCAAGGAUCACGAUGUUGGGUGGAGCUGGCAUCCUGUGCUCAGGGCAGUUGAUCAGUCCUCGAUGGCUACUCACAGCAGCUCACUGUCUGCUGAACAGCAACAGUGAUGGUUACGUCAGCGUCACAGGCACAGCGAGCACCAAGAUCAUGUACAAUUGUGUAGAUAUCAACAGUGUAGACUGCAAGUACGUUUCAGCUGUAAGAUACAUCCCCCAUCCAUGUUAUACGCCAAGUAUGGAUCAGGACCACGACGAUAUUGCUCUGAUCGAGCUUGACUCGGACGCGAUUGUCCCGCAGUAUGCCAAGGUCAACGGGCUGAGUGGAAGCCUCAAUGUUUCUGCAGGAGACGCUUGCACUCUUGCAGGGUGGGGAGUCGUCAACAACAACAAGCAGAUACCCUCCUACCUGAUGCAAGUAGAUUUGCAUAUAGCAUCCCAGCAAGACUGUAUCAGUGCAAACCCUUGGUCUUACUCGCGCGGUGCUAUCGACUUCAAUCACGUUGUUUGCACGGGGGGCAUUGCUGGGAAAGACAGUUGUAAUGGUGACUCUGGGGGACCUGCCAUUAUCUUCGUUAACUCUGUGCCAUGGGUCGUAGGGGUGCUCAGCAAGGGAUCAGAACUUCCCAGUAACACCCAGGACUGCGGCGUUCAAGGCCGUUAUGGCAUGUACACCUUGGUCAAUUUCUACGGAGGAUGGAUUGAAGCGACGAUCCUGGUGAACUUGUAUGGGAUCGCACGCUUGUUUUAAGAAGAAGGAUUCGUAGGGUUCGCCUUCAACCUGCUCUGCUUGUCCUUGCGUUGGACCUGGAACUUACAGUUAUGCUCCAAGCGGAAACCAACCCCAGGGAUCAAGCACAAAUGUUGUGAUAUCCUUCUCUGUUGGAAUGCAGCAGACUCCAGGAUCGUUGUCGUCAAAUGAUCGGCAAUUGAUCCGGUGGGCAGCCAGCUGUUC